AUGUUGGGAUCAAAAGAUGCUGGACGACAGAUUAAGACUUCAGGGAAGCAAUUUCACAGAUGUCCAGACACUUGGACGUCUCAAGAAACUGUCCUCAGCAGCAUGCUGAGAAUAACACCCAGAGUGGGAAUCACAGAAGGAGGAUACACAGGCCAACUGUUAGCCCCUCGUUUUUAUAAGGUGCUAGCUGACCGAGGAAAGCUAGCUGGUGCACGGGAAUGUGCGGGACUUGGUGCAACGGUCCGGGAAACUUGCUGGAUAACUCAAGCGGGCACGGUUGUGCUUUUAUGCAUGUGGGCACGGUUGUGCCGGUUCUUGCGGGAACGGUGUGUAAGGAAUGCACACGAAGCAGGCAGGUCUUGCGAGAAAUGCUGGGUGACCGGUGGACGCUUGUGCAUGGGCGUCGGCAUUCGGGUGAUGCGGGUGAAGCAGACAGCUGACCGAGAAAAUGCUGCCGGGUCUUGCUGGGACGCAGGAAACACGCUGCUAAUCGGGGUGAUCGAGAAAAUACGGGAACCUGAGGAACGGGACACAGCCGGGCGCGAGAAAGCUCGGGAUAAGGUUUUCAACUUCAUGGCCGGGUUGAAACCUUGGGCGCAAGCGGAGUUGCGUCGUCGUGGGAUCAAGGACUUGGCCGAGGCAUUGCGGGUGGCUGACGGGGACAAGCCGGCAACGGCAAAGCGGGACACCGGUCCCGUUACUUGCAGAGGCGGGUUCAAGGUGCUGCUUUGUCCGGGUGCUUGGAAGCAUCGGGUGCGUUGGAGCAUCGGCUUGGCAUUUCACGAGGGCGUCAAACGUUCAAGUGGGAGAGGUCUGUUAGCCCCUCGUUUUCAUAAGGUACUAGCUGAUCGAGGAAAGCUAGCUGGUGCACGGGAAUGUGCGGGACUUGGUGCAACGGUUCGAGAAACUUGCUGGACAACUCAAGCGGGCACGGACGGCUGUGCGGGAAACAGCGGGAUGCGGGAAAAAUGGGUGCCGGUUUGCUCUAGCAUGCGGAGUGAAGGACCGGGACGGGCCGAGAACUCUAGGGAGAGCUGGAAGCUUCUAGAGAUGGCUGGAAUUGGAGCAUGUGGGACCCUUGGAGGCAAAACUGGCCAAUGCAUGAAGAGCCAAGGAGGUGCAAGAUGGUUGGCCAAGCUUGAAGGCUUAGUUUAG